UCUGGGAGGGAAGCUCCAUUUCCUCCUUCCCGCCGCCGCGCCCCUCCGCCGGCACCCCAAAUUUCGACGCGCCGCCUCCCGCGGCGGGAGGAUGCUGGGCAUGUACGUGCCCGACAGGUUCUCUCUGAAGUCGUCCCGCGUGCAGGACGGGAUGGGGCUCUACACGGCCCGCAGGGUCGCAAAGGGCGAGAAGUUUGGACCGUUUGCUGGAGAGAAGCGGAUGCCGGAGGACCUGGACGAGAACAUGGACUACAGGCUGAUGUGGGAGGUGCGCGGGAGUAAGGGGGAGGUCCUGUACGUGCUGGAUGCCACCAACCCGCGGCACUCCAACUGGCUUCGCUUCGUGCACGAGGCCCCGUCGCAGGAGCAGAAGAACCUGGCUGCCAUUCAAGAAGGGGAGAAUAUUUUCUACCUGGCGGUGGAGGACAUAGACCCGGACACCGAGCUGCUGGUCGGCUACCUGGACAGCGACAUGGAGGCCGACGAGGACGAGCCGCCCGUCGCCACAGGGGCCCCGGACGGGGAAGACGGCCUGGGCUGUGACGAGGACCACGCCUGUCCGCAGUGCGAAUCCAGCUUCACCAGCGAGGAGGUCCUGGCCGAGCACCUCCUCAGCCUGCACCGCACGCCCGGCGAGGAGAAGGAGCCCAAGUGCCAGGGCUGCGGGAAGACGUUCCCGGUGAAGCAGGCCCUGCAGAGACAUUGCGAGAAGCACCAGGAGCCCUGCCGGAGCAGAGCCAGGUUCGUGUGCAAGGCUGGCAGCUGCGGGAAGCGGCUGAGGAGCAGGGACGCCCUGAGAAGACACCAGGAGACCGUCCACGCCGGAGAUCCGAAGAAAAAGCUCGUCUGCUCGGUGUGCAGUAAGAAGUGUUCUUCAGCCUCAAGCCUGCAGGAGCACAGGAAGAUUCACGAGAUAUUUGAGUGUCAAGAAUGCAUGAAGAAAUUCAUCUCAGCGAAUCAGCUGAAACGUCACAUGAUCACCCACUCAGAGAAACGGCCCUAUAAGUGUGAGAUUUGUAAUAAAUCCUUCAAGAGGCUGGACCAGGUGGGCGCCCACAAAGUCACCCACAGCGAAGACAAGCCUUACAAGUGCAAGCUCUGUGGGAAGGGCUUUGCCCACAGAAACGUUUACAAGAAUCACAAGAAGACUCACUCGGAAGAGAGGCCGUUCCAGUGCGAGGAGUGCAAGGCGCUGUUCCGCACGCCGUUCUCCUUGCACCGGCACCUGCUCAUCCACAACAGUGAGAGGACCUUCAAGUGCCAUCACUGUGACGCCACCUUCAAGAGGAAGGACACCUUGAACGUGCACGUGCAGGUGGUCCACGAGAGGCACAAGAAGUACCGGUGCGAGCUCUGCAGCAAGGCCUUCGUGACCCCGUCCGUGCUGCGCAGCCACAAGAAGACGCACACCGGCGAGAAGGAGAAGGUCUGCCCGUACUGCGGCCAGAAGUUCGCCAGCAGCGGCACGUUGAGGGUGCACGUCCGGAGCCACACAGGCGAGCGCCCCUACCAGUGCCCCUACUGCCAGAAGGGCUUCAGCAAGAACGACGGGCUGAAGAUGCACAUCCGGACCCACACGCGGGAGAAGCCCUACAAGUGCUCCGAGUGCAGCAAGGCCUUCAGCCAGAAGCGGGGCCUGGACGAGCACAGGAGGACGCACACCGGGGAGAAGCCCUUCCAGUGCGACGUGUGCGACCUGGCCUUCAGCCUGAAGAAGAUGCUGAUCCGGCACAAGAUGACCCACAACCCCAACCGCCCGCUGGCCGAGUGCCAGUUCUGCCACAAGAAGUUCACCAGGAACGACUACCUCAAAGUGCACAUGGACAACAUCCACGGCGAGGCGGACGGCUGAGGUGGCCCACGGGCGGCUCUCGCGUGGCCAGCGUGGUGGAGGCGGCCAGCGCCACUCACGCCUCCCGCGUCUCUCUGGCUGACCUUUGGCGUCUGGAGACACGUAUGCAAAAACAAAACAGAACAAAAUCCCGCUUUUACCGAGAAAUGGUACAAAUGCAAAACAGCCCCUUUGUAGCCUUAAGAAACACCACGCACGCCCUGUUCUGAUGCAAAUGGAAAGAGCCCGGGCGCUCCCGGCCGUCUCCGUGGUGAAGUUUAUUCGACCGCUCCCUGCGGGGCCCUUUAGCGUUACCGUUGUUUUUGCGUGUGCGCGCUUUGUGCAGAGGCUGGGCGUCCGCGACUCGGCCCCAAGGAGCUGGCGAAACCCACACUCGGCCCCCGCAGGUGGGGACAAGGGGAUAAAGCUUGCUGUCACCAGGCUUUGCGACACUGACCCAAAUCGACCCCGUUGACCCUCUCCCUCCCGCAGGUCAGUUUAAAAUAAAGGGGUAUUUAAGGUCGGAUACGCCCCCUGACGUGGUGCUCAUUUCCAGCAUCUGAGGAAGCGUG